AUGAACGACAACUUCGACACUAAGCAGACUCAGGAGCGUGGCAAAAGUCAAGAAAUCAACGGUACUGAGACGAGCGGUGUACAAAGUGAUGCUGCAGAACGUGACGAGGAAGUGACGUCGAAAAAGAGGACGCGGCCUACAUGGCUAGCUGUGUUGACGCAGCAUGGCGAGAAACCUCCGUUUAUGCUGAAAUUCAGAAGUUCAGAUGGCUUCAUCAUUGGGACGGUGUCGUUGGCUGUCUUCACAGACAUGUUUCUGUACGGUGUGAUUGUGCCUGUCAUUCCUUUCGCGAUACGGUCACGAAGCCACAUUGAACAGGACCGAGUGCAGUACUGGGUAUCGGUCCUGGUUGCUGUCUACGGUGCUUCCCUGUUGGCAUUUUCACCCGUAUGUGGCUGGCUUGCGGAUCGUGGUUCGUCACGUCGCUCUCCGCUUCUUCUGGGCUUGCUCGUCCUACUAGGUGCGACUAUUUUGCUUGAUGUGGGAAAUUCCAUCGCUGUUCUCAUCGUCGGCAGAGUGCUGCAGGGAGCCUCUGCUGCUGUGGUAUGGGUCGUUGGCCUCGCUUUGCUGGCGGAUACUGUACCGCAAGACCGACUGGCGACAGCCACGGGGUGGCUGAGUAUAGGAAUGUCGCUUGGAUUGCUAAUAUCUCCGCUGCUUGGUGGCUUGGUAUACGACAAGGCUGGGUACAAUGCUGUUUUCGCCAUGUGUUAUGGCUUAGUCGGAUUGGACGUGAUUUUGCGCUUGCUGCUCGUGGAAAAGAAAGUAGCUGCUAGAUGGGAUCCUACUGUUGUAGGGCGUCUGGAAGUACAAGCUGAAAUUCGUUCGGACGAAACCGCGAGACCAGAGGUUGGUGCCUCGACCCAAAGCCCCAGCUUGGAGCCUACCAAAGGCCCAGAAUCAGAACCGGGUGCAGCGGAAGCGCAACAAGACAUCCGCCCGCAACGCCGUCUACGCGAUCGCCUUCCCCCGGUUAUCUCACUUCUAUAUUCUCGACGUCUACUCGCUUCACUCUUCUGCGCUCUUAUCCAAGCUCUUCUCGUCACAGCGUUCGACUCAGUUCUCACCAUUCACGCGGCAGACACAUUUAACUGGAACUCGACGGGCGCAGCACUUCUCUUUCUCCCUAUCGUUAUACCAAGCUUCCUCGCGCCACUAUGGGGUUGGAUAUGCGACAAAUACGGCGGACGCUAUCUAGUCGUGGUCGGCUUCCUGUGUGCAUGCCCCCCUCUCGUCUGUUUGCGCUUCGUCAAUGAAAACACCAUCAAGGACAAGGUACUUUUGUGCGCGCUACUGGCGUUGACGGGUCUGUUCAUAGGUAUGACUUUCGCGCCGGUCAUGGCAGAGAUUUCGGCGGUCACCGAGGCCAAGGAGAGAAAGAUGCUCGAGAGUGGGCGCCCAGGAUUUGGCAAAGGCGGAGCUUUUGCUCAAGCUUACGCGCUGUUCAAUGUGGCUUUCGCUGGAGGAUGCAUGGCUGGUCCUUUACUGGCUGGUUUCAUCGUUGAAGACAGUGGAUGGUCGACCAUGGCGGCAGUGCUGGGCGCGUUGUCUGCCGUCACCGCAUUGCCUGGUUUUCUCUGGUUAGGUGGCUGGGUGAUGAGACCUUAG